GGCGAACAGUAUGCAGUACGUAGACAUACACAUUACACAUUACGUGAUACAUUCCGAACCGGACGACAGUUAUUUUAUUACUAACCAAUAGCCAGCUAUUUUUUUCGUACGUGAGAAAUGCGAGAUAUCUUGUCAAGGGCUCCUAAAGCAUGAAACAACGCAAGAUGGCGCUUAUAUUGGCUCGUUCUCGUUUAAAUAGUCUUGUUAUGUGUCAAUUGCGUUAACACGCCGACAAUAUACCCGGUGCAAGGUGGCUCGUAUUAUUUCUAAUAUCCUUGAAAUUUUAUACUUUCGAGGAUGCAAAUUUUACGACAAUUGGACGUGCAUCCGAAGGUGCGCGAAGAGGCCGAUAUUCUCAUUAGAACAUUCAGCGGUGCUAUCGGUAAUAUGAUUGUAUUAUAGUGACUGUCAUUAGUACUAUUAUCAUGGGAAUAUUGUUUUUAUCCGAAGUAAACUAUUAUCUUACACCUACUUUAAGCGAAGAAUUAUUCGUUGAUACGUCAAGAGGGUCAAAAUUAAGAAUUAAUUUGGAUAUAAUAGUUCCUGCAAUAUCAUGCGAUCUUUUAUCAAUCGAUGCUAUGGACACAACUGGUGAACAACAUCUGCAAAUAGAACAUAAUAUAUUUAAGCGACGUUUGGAUUUAAAUGGAAAACCUAUAGAAGAUCCACAAAAAGCAAAUAUUACAGACACAAAGGCUCUCAGUAAAACUACAGAGAAGACAAUAACAAAUAUUACAACUGAAACGUGUGGAGACUGCUAUGGAGCGGCUAAUGAAGCAUUAGGUAUAAAAUGUUGUAAUACGUGCGAAGAUGUGAAAGAGGCUUAUAGGCUUAGGCAAUGGGCUCUUCCUGUCCCAUCUACAAUAAAACAAUGUCAGAAUGAUAAAUCAGUAGAAAAGAUGAAACAUGCUUUUACACAAGGUUGUCAAAUUUAUGGUUAUAUGGAGGUGAAUAGAGUGGGUGGAAGUUUUCAUAUUGCACCAGGUGAUAGUUUCUCCGUUAAUCAUGUACAUGUACAUGAUGUGCAACCCUAUUCUUCGUCUCAAUUCAACAUGACCCACAAAAUCCGUCAUUUAAGUUUUGGACUAAAUAUACCAGGAAAAACAAAUCCAAUGGAUGACACUCUUGUAAUUGCAAGGGAAGGAGCAAUGAUGUUUUACCAUUACAUAAAAAUUGUACCAACUACCUACGUGCGUGCGGAUGGUUCAACUCUUUUAACAAAUCAAUUUUCUGUAACGCGGCAUUCCAAGCAGGUAUCUCUGUUCACCGGCGAAUCAGGCAUGCCUGGAAUAUUUUUCAGUUACGAAUUAAGUCCUUUGAUGGUAAAAUAUACGGAAAAAGCAAAAUCUUUUGGGCAUUUUGCGACAAACACUUGUGCGAUUAUUGGCGGAGUUUUCACGGUAGCAGGAUUGAUAGAUUCGCUUUUGUAUCAUUCAGUACGAGCGAUACAGAAAAAAAUUGAACUAGGAAAAUACAAUUAGAUUGUAAAAUAGAACAAUGUGGGAAAGAACUGUUACACGGACGACAUUUCGGAGUGCGCGCAUCUUUCCAUUGGAAUUUUUCGAUUUUUUAUUCGCACAAAGACGAUUCAUAUAUAUAUAUAUAUAUAAUGCAUUUGCAAAAAAACAACGAUAUCGAAUCUGUACGUUAUAACCAUAUAACAGACGAAUCUCACAGAUAAAGUGAAAUUUGUAUACAGCAAAGCUGAUCAAUAGUUACAAUCUAUGUAUCGUAGCAUUUUAUUACACGUUUUUGGACUGUUUAAUCAACAUCAAUGAUAAUCGUCCAGACCAAUUGCGAUGUAAAAUAUUUGUGUGUACAAGUUUGUAAAUAUCAAGAAAAAAAUCAGAUAAAAGAAAUACGAAAACGUAAUAAAACCAAAAUGUCAAGAAAGCACAA